AUGGAUCAUGUGCUGCAAGUCAACCCGUCCGGGUCCGACUCCGACGACUUGUGCGACUCCCUGUUCGCACCAGGCCUCCACUCUCACCCCAUGCACACACAUCCUCCAUCCCCACAUCCCUUUCCUCUACCCUCCCUUCCAACUAUCCUGUUCCGGCUGGCAUCGCAGCCCAGGAGCCCCGUCCUGCAGCACAAGGAGCUCAUCGCAGCCCAGGAGCCCCGUCCUGCAGCACAAGGAGCUCCUCCAGCUGGUGUUUCACUGCCUUCCACUCUCUUUCCAACAUGUCUCUCCUUACCCCUUCCCUACCCCCACCCUACCCCCUCCCUUCCCCAACACCCUAAUGUUUUUUCCUCAGCUGCCGUCUACACUCUUGCCACAGCCACACCACCAGCUCCGCCAGCCUCUGCCAUUCACCACCCCUCACCCAUCUCGCACUCACUGCGCCAGCAAAUAUUGUCCGGUAAUUAUGUAGACCUAGCCCAGCUCAUUCAGCCAUCCUUUUUCGACAGUAGUCAACCCAGGGAACUGCAGACUGUCCUCGGUCCAGUUCCAUUAAAGCAGUCAUUGCCAGCCAGGUCUAAAGACUUAACUCCUGUUGAGUUUGCUCUAGCUUUCUCCCUCUUUUGCGACGUCAUCUGCUCUGCUUUUCCUUACCGUCGAUCAGAGCUGGACAACUAUCUGUCCAUCGUGUUGGACAUGGCUUUGCGUUUUGGGGGGGCGGGAUUUUAUACCAACCACGUCCACUUUGCUGCACAAGCAGCCGGCCAGUUGCAGCAGCAAAAUCAGGGGACGUACCUGGGGGUCCUCGAUUCUGAAAUAUACUGCCGCAUUUUCGCAGCUCGUUCCUCCCUCUUCUGCGACUUAUGCGGCGCCCCCUCUCACCCGGCCUCUGCAUGCACUAUCAUGGCUCCUCCACCGCACUCCUGCCCCACCACUCCACGCAAUGCCCCGAUCUUCGACCGUCUGUCUUCCGCUGCACCUCUUCCUCCUGUCAUCCCCAGAGCCAAGGACACACGUCCCACUGUCAACGUGCCGGUGUCAAAGGGCGUCGACAAUCCCAUCGGUGUCGCCACACGCAAAUACUCGGGGAAAAAGAGGCUGAUCAUAGACCUGUCUUCCCUACACGGCUCUGACAUCCCGAGCAUCAACAGCCUUAUUCCUAGCCCGGAUUUCUCUAUGCAGUACGCCACCAUUGACCACGCCAUGGCACUGAUUCGUCUGGCGGGACACGGAGCAUGGCUGUCUAAGGCUGAUAUCACCAGCGCAUUCAAGGUCUUGCCCAUUCACCCUGACUUCUGGUGCUACUUUGGUGUCUGCUGGAAGGGGGCUUACUACUUCUCCGUGCGUCUCACUUUCGGCUGCAAGAGCAGUCCCAAAAUCUUUGACUCUUUAUCCGAGGCUCUAUGCUGGAUCCUCUCCAACAAUUACAGGCUCCCCUACGUGCUUCAUCUCCUUGACGAUUUUCUUGUCGUGACUCCUUCGUCCUCACCUCCUCGCCACAGUCUUACUACACUUACAUCCGCAUUUUCCGACCUCGGCGUCCCUCUGUCUGAAGAAAAAACUUCAGGACCUGGCACGUCCAUCGAGUUUCUGGGCAUCACUCUGGACUCACUCUCAUUCCAGGCUUCACUGCCCUUGGAGAAAGUGCAGCGCAUCUCGCUGCUCUUGUCUAAUUAUCUCCUGACAGACAGGUGCACCAAACGCCAGCUGCUCGCUCUCCUCGGGCACCUCAAUUAUGCCAUCCGCAUAAUUCCACAGGCAAAAUCUUUUCUUUCUCAACUGCUGACCAAUGGCAUCUCAUUCUUCUACGAUGACUUCAUCACCCAUCCCGCGGACAUUCAACUGUACACGGACGCGGCUCCCUCUGUGGGUUUCGGCGGGUAUUACGGGGGGAGGUGGUUUGCUGCUGCUUGGCCCUCUGAGUUCGAGUCCCUCGACGUAGAGUCACGCUCUCCCUCGUCUGCUCUGUACGAGCUGUACCCCGUGAUCAUCGCCACUCUAAUUUGGGGGCACGAAUGGUCCAAAAAAUGCAUCACUAUUCACUCUGACAACACAGCAGUAGUAGAUAUAAUCAAUAAAGGCCGUUCCCAUUCCCCAGCCAUCAUGCCAUUCACCCGCAGACUCACUCUCAUCUCCGCUCAGCAUCAAUUCAACCUCCGUGCAUCUCACAUUCCCGGUCACCACAACGCCAUCGCUGACUCACUCUCCCGCUUCUCUUUCCAGAAAUUCAGAUGCUUGGCUCCAGACUCAGAUGUCCAUCCCACACCAAUCCCACCGUUUUCAGCGACCAUAUUCGAUUAA